GUAAAAGUACUAUACCACCAGAGUGUCUGGUUGUAGUUGUUUUAGAUGCAACAUAUCGAUUAGAAGACCAUUCCGAUAUUAUUUUUGGAACUUAUUUGAGGCCGAUACUAAAACACUUAAAAACUUCAUACGUAAGGGAACAGGAAGAUAAGGAAAAGAAAGAAAAAGUGCCCGUUUUGAAAUGUGGUCUUGUUACUUUCGGACAUUAUGAACCAUAUUCUACUAUACCUGUAAAAUCUCAUUAUUUUGAAAGUUAUACACGGUUCGAUGAGCUAAUAACUGAAAUAGAGUUUUUAAAUGGAGGAAUAUAUGAAAAUGCUGUAGCUGAAGGUUUAGUCGCGGCUCUUGAGAUGUUUGACUUACAUAAAUCACAAAUGGAACCCGAUGCACCACCACCGAAAAGACAUUGUAUUCUUAUAUCAAAUAGCCAUCCUUGUCCUGAUCCUGUUCAUCGUAAUAUAAGUAGUAAGUACGAUGAAUAUACUAUUGAGCAAAUAGUAGAAGAGAUGCAAAAGCAAUCCAUUUACCUCUCUCUAAUAACUCCGGAAAGGGAUUUCACGAAAUUAGAAGAACUUGUUGAGAUGGUCAAUAAAGAUAUAGAAGUUCACAACGCUACUGAUGUCAUAAUGCCUUCACAUGUCGUGAAGUUGGCUAAUAUCAAACUUACAUUCUCACAACCAACUGAAGUAACUUCUGACAAAAAAAGGAAGUGUGAAACUUCAACAUCAAAUGACAUAAGCAACAUUGACCAGAUAACAUCGAUGACUUUUACCAGCUCAUCGCCUGAAAGUAAGAGAGUCAAGAUCGAACCGGAAGAACAAUUAAGAGAAAUGUCUAAUUUGACAGUUCAACAAUCACUACCAGCAGAAACCUCACCAGAUCAAAAAGAAUCAACUACCAUUACUAAACCUAUACAACCACCAUCUUCUAAACCUCCUCAAGUGGCUAAUGUUACAAUUCCAAGAGUUUCUCCUGUAAAUAACACUCAGUCACUUCAGCAAGAUCCACUCGGACAUGCUCAAGUAUCCGUAAAAACACCACAACAGCCCGUACAAUCAACGACUCCAAUACAAAUUCAACAACCUCCUCCUAUAGGUACCGCACCUAUACAGCAACCUGUAUCAAUUUCAGGUACUCAACCCAUGCGACCUCAGAUGCCCAUGGGAAUGAGAAUUCCCCCAGCAGCUGCUAUGAAAGCUCAAUUUCAGCUUCAGUGGAAUGCGAUGUCUCCAGAACAACGUAGCCAAUUCUUAGCAAUGGCACAAACUGCAGCUGCUAAUAAUACGCAAGCUUUACGUCAGGGUGGACAACUAUUUAGAACGCAAGUAGCAAAUAAUACACAAAUUCUUAGGCAGCAAAAUAAAUUUUUGCAGAAUGAAUUGGCUGCAAGUCAACAAAACCUUGCUGAUGCUUUAGUGAGACGUCAGAUAACCCAAUUGGCUCAAAAUAAUCCACAGAACGCUGCUUCCCGUGUGACCGUUGGCUCACAACCUAUGAAUAAUUUUGUAACAUCAGCUUCACCACAUGGUUCUGAAGCACAAUCUAUAAAUGGUUUUGUGACAUCGCCUACAGUAGGAGGAGCCUUAAAUGCACAAAAUUUAAAUACUAGUUUCUCUGCACCGAAUAUUAACAUACCAACAUCGACUCAAAGUGGUACAUCCGUAGCUUCAGCGCUUGGGGUCCAAAUUCCUAAAACUAUUGCAUCGACAAAUACUAGUUCUAUUGUUACUAAUGCCCCUCCUAACAACAAUGGUGUCCAGGUAUCAGUCGCUAAUAUAGGGCAACCUUCUGUGCCAAUAGGAUCCAAUGUUAAUCAAGUUCGCCCUAAUAUUCCUCCGAAGACAGUAAACGCAUUAUGGAGCGGUCAUAUUGCAUGGUCGGCCAACAGUCAACAGACCGGAUUAAAACGCGAGCUUACUUGUCAUGUGACUGCUUUCCCAGGAAAUCAACGAAAAACUGGUCCUUAUCCUAUGAAUGAUUACAUGAUACCAACUUGGCCUGAUAAAAUGGAAAUUUCCAGCAUAAAUCUUGCUAAAGACUUUAUGAGAGAUGUUGCAGCUGUACAAAAUCCAAAACCUCAUGUUGUUUCAUUUCUACCAACUCCAACUCCACAAGCAUCUCAAGAUAAUCAAAACACAUUUAUGGUAUUAAUGCGUAUUUUGGAUAGUAAAAAAUUGGCUGCCUUUGUACGUUUUUCUAAUGCGCCUAAUCCAAACGGAGGGAUAGUUCUUUUUACAACAGGGGUGAUUGCAACAGGGUUAAAACUUGUUGGUUUGCUUUUCUUAGAUUCACCAUUACCAACAAGCGUUACUGCUACACAGCAAAUGAUGCAGACACCAACAUUACAACAAUUACAACAGCAACAAGCGUUACAGAUGUUGCAACAACAAAAUUUGCAACAUCAUAUACUUCAAAGACAAAUUAAUCCGGCAAUGCUACAACAACUAUCGGCAACAGAUAUGGCAGCUCUUCGCCGUAGGAUGCAACUAUCGUCUCUUUUACAGACUGCACAAGUUGCUAAUCCAG